CGGGCUGAAAAAACGCCCGGUGGGGGGGGUGGGAGGUGUAGGAGGGGGAGGCUGCAGUGGGAGGAGCCACGAGAAGAUCUAUUCCAUAGACUCAGACCAGGCCAGUCUACACUCCGCCCCGCUCUACCAGAGAGACAGCCUCCAGGAACCCCCCGACGUCACACACACGCACUCUGACCUCAGACACUCUCACUCGGAGCACUCCAACACCGGGGACACUUCCGUCCUGCAGCUGAGCGCCAGUCUGCUGCACCACAGCCACUCUGCCGACGCUGACCUCCACUCUCUGAAGGACAAGAAGUACAGCACCUACAAACACACCAGCACAGGAGCUGCCUCCUCAGGCAAAGACAAGAGCAAUGGUUCCUACGAUGCCCCAGGGGGCCAGAGACAGACCCAUUGCCGGUCCUGUCUAGGGAAGUUAUCAGGUUACUCUGGUCUGUACACAGUCCGCUCCCCUCAGAACCGCUGUGAUGCCUGCAUCCACCUGGGAAACCUCUACGACAUCAGUGAAGACCAGCUGCAGUACCAGACCUAUUCACAGGCACACGCACACUCCCCAAACACACACUCUCCACACGCACACUCUCCACACGCACACUCCCCACACGCACACUCUCCACACGCACACUCUCCACACGCACACUCCCCACACGCACACACACACACCCAGCACACACACCCUCACUCUGGCGGGGACAUGUUCACCCACUACCUGCCUCAGAGCGAGCUGGGUCUGGUGGGCGAGGGUGAUGGGUUGGUGAGUCACUACCUCCCCCCUGCCGGAACCUCCCCCCCAGGAUCUCACCUCUCCACCCAGCUCAGCCGACAGCCCUCCUACGAGAACGUCCCUGAGAAGCAACAGCAGCAGCGUCGGGGGGGCGGCAGGGAGUCAGAGCGGCAGCAGAGUCAGUUCAGAGGGUUCAGUCUGCCAGACAGGGACAACAGCAGAGAUAACAACAGCUUUGGUCUCCUGGAGGAUAGUCCCUAUGCUAACGUCCUCACCAUGCGCUCUGACCGACCCUACUCCUCCUCCCCCCUCAACCACUCUCUGGAUCCCGUCCUGCCCCUCCCCCUGCCCCUCCCCCGCCGCUCCAAGUCCCUGUACCCCGACCGGCCCUCCCAUAACCCCUUCCUGCAGGGCGGAGGGGGGACGGGGCAGCGAGGAGAGAACAGCCUGGCCGCAGCACAGCGCCUGGCACAUGGCCGCUCCGCCACCGACCUCUACAAACAACUAGUCCCCCUGGCGAUGACGCUCGGCAACCACCACGGGCAUCCCCACGGUAACCACCAGGAGUUCUUCUACCCCGUGGCCUCAGAGACGGCCGUGAUGUCGUACGUGAUGGCUCCGCCCGCCGUGGCGGCCCAGCAGCCAAUCGGCUACGUGACGGCUCCCCGGGCCUCCAGCGCCGGUGGAAACAGGCCACGCCUCUACCGACGCAUGCCCAGCAUCGAGUCCGACGUCUGAGACACACAUACGGGAGAGAGUUUGUGUGUGCUGGUGUUAGGGACAAAUCUGACUUAACAAACACACACACACACAGCUGAACAGAACAGUCCUAGUCCUCAGUGUUUUCUAUGAGGUGUUAAACCUCCUUCAUAAACCACUAAUACUAUACAACCUAUAAACAGGUGGUCUACCACUGACUUUACAGGAGAG